UCCCUCUAGGACCCGAUGAUAUCCUAUCUGACCCCCUCCUUUGUGUGCUUAGGGCCUGGUGACCUUCCCUGAUGUGGCCAUGAGCUUCUCCCCAGAGGAGUGGGCAUGCCUGGAUGUCUCUCAGAAGAAGCUCUACAGAGAUGUGAUGCUGGAGACCUACAAGCACCUGCAGGCAGUAGGGUAUUUUGGGGUAAAGCCUGCAUUAAUCUCCUGGCUAGAAGGAGGAGCCCUGGGGAGGCUGCCAAGAAGCUUGUUUGUCGAACUCAAGCCAGAAAUCCAUCCUUGUCCCUUCUGCUCUCUUGUCUUCUCCAAACAGAACUUCCUAAGUCAUCACAUGAAACGAAGUCAUCCCUCUUGGAUCCUCUUGGGAACAUCUACAAGAAAGCACCCUCCAUCAGAGAAUUCCUGUCCACAUGAUCAGAACCAAUGUUCUGAUCCAUAUAAUGACAAGCCCAAGAAUGACAUACUUGAAAGUCAAAAGCACAAAGAAAGCUCCAUAUAUUUGGCUAGUAGGACGAAGCAUAGAAGAAUUUCAACAGUAUUUUCUAGACUAGUUAGCAGCCAAAUAGGUAGCUCUAGUAAACAGAUGACAGUGGAGGAAGACUUUAACACAGGCCUGAAAGAAAAUCCAAAAGACACAGGUGGAGUAGUUCCAGGGAUAGACUUGCCAAUAAUUUUAAGAGACAAGUAUGUAAGGCCUGAGCAAGGCUUCAACGAUGGAUCAAAUCUCAUCUCACAUCAAAUGACUCACACUGGGGAGAAGCUCCAUGUUUGCAAGGAGUGUGGCCGUGGCUUCAGUCUGAGGUCACAGCUCAUCACACACCAGAGAACACACACAGGAAAGGAGCCCUAUGCUUGCAAGGAAUGUGGGCAUACCUUCAGUCAGAGGUCACAGCUCAUCACACACCAGAUAACACACACGGGGAGAAGCCUUAUUUUUGUGGGGAGUGUGGCCAUGGCUUCAGCAUGA